AUGCUUUCUGCUAGCCCUAACUGCUCCCUUUUCCGUCUCAACGACGUUGUCGAUGAGGUCGCGGUACCACUAACCUCCUAUUCUAGUGUCACCUACAUCAAGGAAGAGCUUACGCUCAAUGUUCCGAUCCUCAUGAUCACCACCCCAGACGAAGAGGGUGCCGUGAUGACCUACCUCAAUGAUGACUAUGUCUACGACGACGAGUUUGACUUUGUGGACAGCGAAUCCGACUCCGAUUCCGACAACAAUGUUUUCAGCGAAAUUGAUUCUGACACCGACAGGGACAGCGAGUGCGAUGAGGACUCCUUGGACAUCAACUCCAUUGUCGACAAGUUCUUCAACUCCUAUGAAGCCGACAUCGAAGAAGAGGACUCCGUGGACAUGAACUUCAUUGUCGACCAGUUCUUCAACUCCUCCGAAGCUGACAUCGAAGAAGAGGACGAAGACGAGUUCGCACCAAUUCUCGAUCAGUUCCCCGUUCUACCGAAGAACGAGUCGGCGGACGAUAGUCUGAGCCUCGACGCCAUUCUUGAUCAAUUUCCCGCAGCUCUGAAUACUCGUUUAUUAGAUGAGGAGUUCGGCGAUUCGCUUAUGGUUUCAAAGGGGUGGACCGCAUUCACUGAAUCUCUCGGAGCCGAGAGCAAGGCGACUGGAUACAGAAAGUCCAAGAAAGGCGGCGCGCAGGUGAAGCGUGAGGACCCGAGAAUGUUCAAGUGUAAUGCCGGUGAAUCGUGGUGGAAAACGGAGGUGAAGAGCGAGAAGGCGAGAACAUCCAAGUGCAACGAAGACGAGGCGUGGUGGAAGGUCUAG